UGAAUAGAUAUUACACUACUAUUUUUAUUGUUUAACUCGUUUAACUAUUUUAAAAGUUUGAAACUCUGAAUAUACUCCUAAUCUACUAAUGAAAUAAAAUCAGAACUGUCAUUUUGCUAAAUCAAUAAAUAAAUAAUUAAAUUAAUCCGUUCUCCGAUCGCCAUUUUCUUUCCAGUUCUUUCUGUAGUGGUGUCACGGAAAGAUGGGUAACAUUUUUAAUAUAAAUACUAUAUAUAUUACGUUUUCUAAGAUUCACACCAUCUCUAAAGCAUACUCAUGAGAAUAGAACCAGUGUGGAGAUUGUAGACAGUUUUACAAGGAUAUUAAUUGGCAAUAACCAAUUAAUGAUAUUAGUGAGUAUAUCACACCAAAUCUGCAACUUCAAUUGUAAAUUUACUUUAAAAAUUUACCCAUUUUGCCUGUUGGAAAUAUAAUGGCAACUCAGGAAGACCGCUCAUUGUCAUCUGGAAUGUCGUUGCCAAAAUGGAUGAAGAAUAAAAUGACAGAUCGAUUCGAUUUGGAUCAGAGCAACUUGUCACCGACCGAUGACAGUUUCAUGUACUACUACCGAUAUCCAUCGAGCAAAACGGACCCUGAAGCUAUGAAAGACGCCACAGCUGUCCAGGGGACGCUGUCUCAAGUCACAUUGCCCUACGCCUCGGACAACCCUUCCAUCUCGAAAGUACGGCCCAAAGGCACUGACGACGGUUUUAAAAGUGAAACGGCCCAAGUGGGCACUUCCAUAUUGCGCGUAGCCAACCAGAUCGUCUCAGGAAGGGUCCCCACAGAAAAGACACCCGAACCAGCCGAAGAGUGCGAACAGUUACUUGCCAAAUUUGACCCCUACCGCAGAAGAGGUAGUAAAUCCUUGCCAGCUUCUCCCCUAACCUCCCCCAAAGCAAAGAGGAAGAUGAACAGGUACUUUACGAGUCCCUAUGUUGAAAGUGACAAGUCCAAAGGCUGGAUACUAUCGGGAUUGCUCGCCAAAAGGGAAAUUUCCCACUCUAUGGGUUUCAUAGGGGAAGAAAAGAAGGAGGAACUGGAUAGAGCCUCUUCGACUGUCAGUGUGGACGAAGUUUCCAAGUCAAAGAACCAAGUGUUCAAGGCCAAGCCUUCUGAACUGAGAGAGAUGAAUUUCUGGUCGCCUACGUCUAUGUAGGAAGGCGCUGGUACACGAAUACCUGAUUUUUUGGAAUAACUAAUUUAUUUUUUAUUGUUUUCUUGACUAGACGUUAAAAAAUAAUGUUAAUGUGAUCUACCGAUGAUAUGUAUCUUUUUUCUUAUAUAUGUAUACAGUAUUAAGAAGUGAGGAGGCGUGUGAAUGCGAGUUUGGAGCGAAUGGGCAAUGUAUGUUCAAUAAAUUAUAGUUUUCACCUG